AUGCCGCUGUUUCUUACGUUAGUCGUCUUACUCCCACUUUUACGUCAUCAUGUGAUUUUUACUGAUAAACAGCUUCAUUCUUCAUUUCAUUUUCAUCGGAGCUGGUCUUGUUUUUGGUGCUUGUAUGAUGCGCGAGAAACUCGUUUGGAAACAGCAAGGCUGGAUGACAAAGCUAUGGCGACGAUGUCAUUAUGGUGUGCUAAACUCAAGGAAAACAUAGGCGACGAUAUUCUUCGUGAGAGUGAGGUUCCAUCUUCUUCUCGACAUGCGUUACCACUGCAGACUGAGGAACAGUUCAUCGACGAAAUCCGAACUGAAGUUUUGGAAGUUCUCAAUGCACCUACUGCAUUUGGUCCAGCAUUGCUAAAACUCGCUGAGACCCAUAGACGGUACCCCAUUCGACUAUCAAGCAAGUUCCUUGCUGACUACAGUAGUGCAAUGGCAUGCAUAGAAAUACCAUCGUCCUUUGAUGCCAAUGUUACAAAGCAGUACCAGUAUGUGACUUUGAUAGCAAGAUUCAAUCCUCAUGUCGAAGUUUUAGUUAGGAGUGGGCGAGUCAUGAAGAGGCUGCAAAUAAUGGCUGUUAAUGAAAAGACAAGCGUCUACUAUCUCCAGCGCUCUAUUUUCAAAGAGAGAACCAAUCGCUGCCAACAAUAUCUGCAGUUAGUGAAGACGUCGUUGGUUAAGGAACGGGAAACCGCUCGUCGUCAUCUGUUUGUGUUUACCUCCGAAUCAGCUAGUCGUCUCUCCGCAUGCUGUUCUUAUGGAUGUUGGAGAUGCUUAUCCAAUGAGCUUUGUGGCGAAAAACAAAUUUUUGAAACUAUACGACCACUUGAUGUGUUUGCCGAAUAUGGUAUGACAUUCGGUAUGAGACCCGAUGACGCUAUCACGAUGUACUACGGAGAUCUCCAUUCUCUGGUGCUGGAUACGUAUAGAGGAUUUGUUGUCGAAAACUUCAUUGGACCAUCGAUUUUCCAAAAUUAUAUAUUGGAACGUUUCACCGACUCCACAUACUUCUACUUACUCCGCAAAAGGAUUGCUCAACAGCUGGCUGUCAUGAGCAUUCUGGAGAUGUUAGUGCGUUUGUCUCCGCUAUUCCUGGACGAUCUUUACGUUCGCACUUCUACAGCUCAAGUGGCUGCUCCCCGGUACAAUUUCACUUUUGACACAGGAGUUGAGAGGAAAGUGCCAUUCCGGUUGACACCAAACUUGCAAUGGCUCCUUGGAAUGACUUUGGAAGGUGAUUUCCUAUGGGCUGCCGCAGCUGUGGUACGAUGUUUGCGCCGAGAGCAACAUUUUCUACUACGACCGCUUAUUCUGGACGAAAUUAUCAUUCGCGGAAAUCAUGACAAGGUCGCCGCAUGUGCUGAAGCAAACAGUUUCAUCAAAAAUGUGGUUGCUGAGACGACAAGGAUGGCGUCGCAAGAAGCUAGUGCACUGCAGAAUGAACUCUACAACGCUAUCGAAAGAGCUUGUAAUUAUGAAAAUUUAUCGCAGAUGGAUCCGCGGUGGCAUCCAUGGUUCUGAUCUAGCUUAGAAGAAUCAUUUUGCUUGUUGUUCUGUGAACCUUCUUUUAUAAUUGUAUCUCCUCUGAUUUACGGGUAUCCUGCAACGAGUUUCACUUUAUUUGAACGAGCUUCUGACGAAAUGCUGAUGAGUUG